AUGGUAUCUACUUCGCUUAUUACAAUCUUUGGACUGUUUGCCUUUGCUGUCGCCGAUAUCACAGUGGCAGUCAACGACAAUGUAAAGCCCUUACCUCUCGAUAUCUCUACAGCCGUCACCUCGACUACCGAGCUCCUCAACAGGAGCUGCCCGGAGGAACUGUCUGACAAGCUCCCGUACCGACCUAAAGUGUUGAUGUCAACCUUUACUGACUUUGAGGAGUCGGACGAGGCGUCCUUGCCUACGGGCCAAAUCUUCCCUUCUUCGGACGGCCUUGUGCGAGGCGCAAUUGAGGCAUGGGCCAAACACCAGCACCUAGUCCUGCGCCCCGACGAAGUCUGGUUUGAGAUCUUGACGCAGCUUAAUUUCUACAUGACGAAACACGCUGAAAAUAUCCGCCACUUGUUUGUUGACCACGAAGGCAAAGAGGAGAUCUUUGUCGAGGAAAGGUCCUGGCGCCGUGUCAUCGGCGCGUUUUCUGAGGCGAUCCAGACGAGGAUCAAAACGCCGUGGCUCUAUGACUGGAUCAUGCCGGGCUUUACAACCAGUGACGAAAAUGAUGAGUUGACCGCCACCGUGCUCAUGAUGGGUCUGAUGCAGCACUAUUUUGAUUUUUCGGGCGGCAUCACCUGUGGCUUACCGAAAGUCACGCUGCUGGGAGAGCGUAAGGACUGGGUGCAGCUGUUGGAGAAGCUCGACUACCUCGAGGAGUUCGGUGAGGAGCCUGGGGAAUACGCUCAAGAACUGCGACCCAUCCUUAGUCGCUUUGUGAAGACUUGGGAUGAGCCAGAAAGUGACGAAACGAAGAAGUUCUGGGGCCAGAUCGUCCGCGCGAAGGCGCCCUUCUCAUGUGGCGGUGGUGAUGCAGAGUACGAUAUGUCUGGAUGGAUUACCGGAUUUCUGAAAUGGCGACCAAGUGGUGAUCUGCGAGUUUACCGGGCGCCAAAGGGUGAGUUGGGUGAGGAUAUUCCGAACCUCGACGCGAGGAGUGAUGAUGAGAAUGGGCCGGUCGUUCUUGAUGGAGUAACCUACGUCCAGGAGUCGCUGUUCACUAUCCCAAUUGCGUAUGCCAAGGUGCCGAUGAAGAUGAUUGACUAUCCGAAAGGUGGGAUUGAUACAAAGGCGUAUCUCUUAGCAGGGAAUGUCGCUGUGAACAGGACCAAGACGUCCGACGAGAAGUUUGUUAGAGCGCAGCCGUUGAGCGCAUGGUUCAUGUACGCGCCGGUCGAUAGUGACUACAAGGCAGAAUACCCUCUUUAUGGUAGUCACAGCGAGCUUGUGGACAUUGGCAAAGCUAUUACUCGACAAUGCCCAGCUUGA